UUUUUGAAAUUCAGAACUUCAUUUUGACAUGUUACCUAAAAGACUGCAUUGUACUGGAAAAUAAACUCAAAAUUUCCAGUAAUUUUCAACAAAGUCCUUACGGACUUCAAAAUUAACCAUCAAGAGCAAUACCAACAACACAGCUAGGUAUCUUAAAAAUGACUACCAAGGCGCAGAAGGAUAAGCCUCAUAUACCUGGGCCUAAGUAUGUGCCUAGGCCGACAGCCGCAUCAAUCGCGCGCGCAGCGCUCGCCUCCAACCGCGUGUCUCCUCAGCUGCAGCGUCGCGCGUCUACUAAAACCCCAAGUUCGCCAAAUUUAAAGAAAAAUCCCAACCUUCAACGAAAUCUACAUGACAUCUCUUCAAAGGCAGAGAACCAAGUGGAUACAAAAAUCCAUGAUUUGGAACCGAUCGUUGAUACCAAGACUGAUGUAAAUGAUGUUGAGGAGAGCAUUGAGGAGACUCAGUAUCCCGAUACCAGCCUAGAAAGGCCAGCGAUAUCAGAGAGCCUGAAGGACGAACCUCAUCUUGAUAUUUUACCAUUGCCCUCGGAUUACGACUCUGUAGACACGGGAAGCACGCAGUCAAAGAGCCAGCCUCGAACUCCAAUGGCGAGCCGUCCGCAAACCCCUAAGACGCAAGCAGGAGACACUCGGCCAAAUACCCCUCGUAGAGGACAGGACUCGAUUUGGUCCACCCCUCCCGUCAGUCGACCGACCACGCCCCGAAAAGCUCAACCUAUUUCUCAAUCAGUGCCACCGCCCGACGUGUCACUGCCUGCCUCGUCUGUCUGCCUACGAAAUGAUACCUCGGAAGUCGACGAUAAUGAUCUCAUGUCGGCUUUCACGGCGAAGCAGAAACAGUUCCAACAAAUGAAGAAGGAAUUGGAUGUGAAACAACAAGCGGUUCUAGAAGCGUUCGACAGCCUGCGCAGCCUGCGUGAGCGUUUGCCGCGCGAGAGCGGAAUGGGCGGCGGUGAGGGUGCAGCGCAGGAGCUGCUGGUGUUCAACGUCGCUGAUUGGCCGGCGGAGGAGUUGGAGCAGCUGUGCCGCGGCGCCGCCGGCGCAGACACCGAUGGAGCGAUGCAACUUAUUGAAUCUGUCCCCAUUGAUGAAUCCAACUUUAAUGAAAUACAAGCCAAAGUGAUGAAGAUGCCAGAACAAUUUGCUGAAAUAUGUCUCCAAGCGUUCGCAGCGCGACAAGAGCUUGUAGAUUGGGUUAAGGAUCUUCUCCUUCCGCAUUCUGAUAACCCACAGGACUGCGGCGAAGGGGAAAUAUUGCAGAGAAUUGCCAAUUACAACUCGCAAGGGCUUCAGCUUUGCGACGCUUUGCGGGAACUUAAAGAACAAGCGGACAAUGCGGUGGAUACAGUAUCAUAUUUUUCCAAGCGAAUGUGGAGAGACCAAAAUGCAUUAAUAAGUGUAGGAAAAGUGCUAGUCCGUGAUGUGGCAUGUCUCAAGCAAAACCUUGAAACGCAAACGAAUGUCCUCGAGCAAAUGCAGUCACAGUUACAUAGCUUACAAACCGGAACUAGUAAUUUACAGGAAAUACACCAAGAAUUGGAGGAGGAAAGAGCUGCGAAAAAAUUGCUUCAAGAAAAACUUGCGACGACUGAGAAUCAACAUCGGCAGUCUCGCAUUCGGGUCACCAAAAUGGACCGACAACUUAAAGAAGCUGAAGCAAGCAUAGCCACUUUAACUGGCACUGUAAAAGUGCUUGAAGAUCAGUCUCGACAAAGAGAGAUACAACUGGAAGCACGGGCCAGAAAAAUGAGAGAAUCACUAAAAACUGGUGAAGUGGCGAGUGGUCAUUUAGCACAGAAACGUGAUGCAUUACAGGCUGAAGUAACAGAAUUGAAAGACCAGAUUGAAAAACUAUCGGCGAAAUAUAGCUCCACUAUUAAAGAUUUAGAAAAUAAUUUACAAGAAACAAAGUCUGCUUUGGAGGAACAAACUUCAUUAAAUCGUAACAGGGACACGGAAAUAGCAAAUGCGAAGAAUACAAUUUUAGCAGAGAGCAAGGCCACAGUUGACCAACUGCUUACCAAAAUAAGGGAACUUGAGACUAAAGCCGCAAACAACGUUGAUCAAAAACAGCCCACUUCACGAGAGAUGGAAUUGUUAGCAGAACUGCAAGCAACAAAAGAGACACUGCGAUCGGUAGAAGAAGAAGUUAUAGUGUUCAAACAGGAGAAAGUUCGAUUCUUGGAAACUCUUGCAAAAAUUGCUGAGUCAGACGACAAAGUAGGGAUGCAACAAAAAUUGGCUGCGGAACUUCUCAGCAAAGAGGAAAUAAUAGGCAAGCUGCAGGUUCAAAUCAGAGAAUUAACCAAGAAUGAUAAAUUACUUUCCCACAAAGUUGUUCAAUAUGAGCAGUAUAUUAAGGUUUUACAAGCACAUAGAGCUGGAAUCACGAAUUUGGAAGAAAAUACAGAAGAUUUUCAAAAAGAGAUCCUAGAUUUACGAAUGAAGCUUUUUACUGAAAUCAACCGGAACGAGGAACUAAUGGAAGCGCUGGCGAAGAAGGAUCACCAGCUGGAACAGCAAGACAAGACGUCACGAGCCCAGGCAAGAGUCAUCAAGGUGCGCGAGGAACUGAUCAACCUGCUUAAGAACAAGGAGACCGAGCAAACCCGUGAGCUGUUGGCGCUGCAACAGGACCUCGAGAAUAGAAUGAAAAUCGUAGACGAAGUAAACAAACAAAUUGCGGCCAAGGCGGUGGAGAUCCAGGAGCUGUUCGCGACGCUGGAGAGCAAGCAGCAGCAGAUCCACCGGCUGGAGAAGAUUGUGCUGAUGCUGGAGGAGCAGCAACGGCGGUCGCAGGCGCAGCGCACGCGCCACGAGGAGAAGAUCGCCGCGCUCGAACACGAACUCGCGGAAGGGUGUCGCCGGGAACGAAAGUUCCUGUUCUUCUGAAAGGCCAAAAUUAAAAGUGACAAGGAAGUGCUGAUUUAAAUUUACUGUAGUAAAAUUAAACAUUCGAAAUUCAAAAAUAAGAGCCAUCAGCAGCUUCUCGGUUAAGCCCUGAAUGAUACUUGAUAUUUAAGGUACCUAAGGCUAGACAAGGGAAGGAACGCGUAGUGCGUUCGUUUUUGCAUUGACUCAUAUACCUAAUUAUGAUAUUGAUGGCGUUGUAUUAAAUCAAUUACAUUUUUUUAAAUUAACCACAACGCGAAAACGAGCACUCAAGCCUGCGUAAUGGAAACAGUUUAAUAAUAAAAGUAGAUUACCAGAAUUUGGUUAGCGUUUUGGACCCAAAGAUAAUACGGUUAAAUUUGUCUUCUUUAAUGAGUUAAAAAUAAACCCGUUUAAUGGA